UGCUGGGAUCACAGGUGUGUGCCAUCAUGCCUGGCAACUAUUAUUAUUUAUUAAUAAUAAUUCUGGCCGCUGCCUCUCAGUGGUGUCUGUGUGUAGCAGGUGGUGAAGACAGAUGUCUGGAGCCAGAGCCAAGGUCCUUGCUUUGGAGGAGGCAAGACAGAAGCAUGAAGCCGUGUGAAACCUGCACACCACCUUAUGCCUACCCCCGAUUCUGCAAGCGAAGCAACAGAUGCGUGAAGCGCCCUUGGGCUGUCAUCGAGUCUGGAGAAGGGGCUGCUGCCCAAAGGCUGCGCACCCGGCAGCUGCAAGCGUUGGGAACGGAGAUGGUGCCCCUUCGAGCGGUGUGGUUGGCUUGGGCGCUGCUAGGAGUGGCCCGGGCGUGCCCCGAGCCUUGCACCUGCGUGGACAAGUACGCGCACCAGUUUGCAGACUGCGCCUACAAGGAGCUGCGCGAGGUGCCCGAAGGACUGCCCGCCAACGUGACUACGCUGAGUCUGUCUGCCAACAAGAUCACUGUGCUAAGGCGCGGGGCCUUCGUCAACGUCACGCAGGUCACGUCGCUGUGGCUGGCACAUAAUGAGGUUCGCACGGUGGAGCCCGGGGCCCUGGCAGUGCUGAGUCAACUAAAGAACCUCGACCUGAGCCACAAUCUUAUCUCCAACUUCCCUUGGAGCGACCUGCACAACCUGAGCGCGCUCCAGUUGCUCAAAAUGAACCACAACCGCCUGGGCUCCCUGCCCCGGGACGCGCUCGGCGCGCUGCCGGACCUGCGUUCGCUGCGCAUCAACAAUAACCGGCUGCGCACGCUGGAGCCCGGUACCUUCGACGCGCUCGGCGCGCUGUCCCACUUGCAGCUGUACCACAAUCCCUUCCACUGUGGCUGCGGCCUGUUGUGGCUGCAAGCCUGGGCCGCCAGCACACGGGUCUCGCUGCCCGAGCCCGACUCCAUCGCCUGCGCUUCUCCCCCAGCGCUGAAAGGGGUGCCGGUGCACGGCCUGCCCGCUCUGCCCUGUGCGCCGCCCAGUGUGCGGCUGAGCGCAGAGCCUGCGCUCGAGACACCUGGCGCCCCUCUGCGUGCUGGCUUGGCUUUCACGUUACACUGCGUCGCUGAAGGCCACCCCACUCCCCGCCUGCAAUGGCAACUUCAGAUCCCGGGCGGCACGGUGGUCUUAGAGGCGCCGAUCCAGCGCAAGGAGGACGAUGCGGAAGGAGCAGAGGAUAGGACGGAGGAAGGAGAUGGGGAAGUCCCCACCCAGACGGAGGCCCCAACCCCGACUCCAGCACCUGCGUGGCCCGCGCCCCCCGCCACGCCGCGCUUCUUGGCCCUGGCAAAUGGCUCUUUACUGGUCCCGCUCCUGAGUGCCAAGGAGGCGGGCAUCUACACAUGCCGCGCGUACAAUGAGCUGGGUGCCAACUCGACAUCAGUACGCGUGGCAGUGGCUGCCGCUGGGCCCCCGAAGCACGCUCCUGGCGUGGGGGGAGACCCCGACAGGCAGACCCCGACCUCUGAGCGCAAGGUCACCGCCAAAGGCCGGGGCAACAGCGUCCUGCCUUCCAAACCUGAGGGCAAAGGCAAAGGCCAGGGCACGGCUCGAGUCAGCAUCCUGGAGGCGACCGAGGCGGAGCUGGAGGAGGAGGGAGACGGAGGAGACGAGGCGGAAGACCAGAUCCCGGUGAACCCAGGCGAGGAGCAACACUGCGGCCACGGGGACCCUUCUCGGUACGUGUCCAACCACGCGUUCAACCAGAGCUCAGAGCUCAAGCCGCACGUCUUCGAACUGGGCGUCAUCGCGCUGGACGUGGCGGAGCGCGAGGCGCGGGUGCAGCUGACGCCCCUGGCUGCACGCUGGGGUCCCGGGCCGGGUGGGGCUGGGGGAGCUGGGCGGCCCGGGCGGAGGCCCCUGCGCCUGCUCUACCUGUGCCCAGCCGGGGGCGGUGCGGCCGUGCAGUGGUCCCGCGUGGAGGAGGGCGUCAACGCGUACUGGUUCCGGGGCUUGCGGCCUGGCACCAACUACUCUGUGUGCCUGGCGCUGGCGGGCGAGGCCUGUCACGUGCAAGUAGUGUUCGCCACCAAGAAGGAGCUACCCUCACUGCUGGUCAUCGUGGCAGUGAGCGUGUUUCUGCUGGUGCUGGCCACCGUACCCCUGCUGGGCGCUGCCUGCUGCCACCUGCUCGCCAAGCACCCUGGCAAGCCCUACCGUCUGAUCCUGCGGCCGCAGGCUCCCGACCCCAUGGAGAAGCGCAUCGCUGCGGACUUCGACCAGCGCGCGUCCUAUUUGGAGUCCGAGAAGAGCUACCAGGCGGGCGGUGGAGAGGGUGGCGAGGAACCCGAGGAGGCCCCGGGGGAGGAGCUCGACGAGGACCCGGAGCAGGGGGACCCGCACGGGGACCUGCAGCGGGAGGAGAGCCUGGCCGCCUGCUCCCUGGCGGAAUCGCAGUCUAAGGCCAACCAUGAGGAGUUCGAGGCAGGCUCUGAGUACAGCGAUCGGCUGCCCCUGGGCGCGGAGGCGGUCAACCUAGCACAGGAAAUUAACGGCAACUACAGGCAGACAGCGGGGUGACCCCCAGUGUACCCAGCCCACCCGCCUCACCCCACUUGGGGUGCCUGGCGCGCCUGGCAGCGGAAACCUAGGGCUGGCAGAAUUUAUGCUCCCCACUCCCUGCCCUCAAUCCCCUCGCUCCUCCCCAACAGUGACCGCUGGGAACUCCGAGUAGGAAGUGGCCCGAAUUCCCGUCCCUGGCCACCCGUGGGCGCCUUUCUCUCGAUGGGCUCAAUCUGUUUUCCCCAAGCACACCGCUCUGCUUCAGCCUCCCCACACAAAGCACCACCGACUGGGGGCAGGCGCAGUCUGUCUAUGCCCCUCCAUUCUUAUGAUUAUUAAAACCUAAAUCCGAAGGGCAGCCCGCUGGCCUGUGCUCGCCUGUGUGCUCUGGAGCCAGGGGAAGACUUUGGAAAUGUCUGGUGGUAAUGUGGCUCCUGGGCGUGGUGGGGCACGCGGGCCUCUGCCUUUUCUGGGCUGCACGUAGGGGAAGCCAGCUACAUUUUAGUUUGGAAGCCCCCCUCCAGACAGGAAACCAAAUCCUGCCAAACCCCCAUCCCCGCCCCAUCCCACUUCUGCCCAGCUGGAACCCAAUCAGGUGCCCAGAGCGCCUUGGAGUUCCGUGUUCUGAUUUUCUGUUUCGUUAUUAAAAAAAAAAAAAAAAAAAAACAACUAACAUUCUGGGUCUGGUGCUAACACCCCCUUCCCAAUCUUUGGAAGACAGGGUGUGCGUGUAUCAAGAGGCGAGGACAGGAAUCCGUUUUCUCCUGCCCCUCUCCUAACUAAAAGCGCCCGGGGACCGUUCUCCCCGGUUGUGCAGAGGGGGCCCGGCUGGGUCCCAGGCCAAUGUCGUCGUCCGUAUCCUGCGGGAGCCAGAGAUGGGCGCGCGCAAUAGCUGCUUCUACAGCUCAUCCGGGCGCGUGCCCCCAGGCAGCAAGCGCGGGGCACUGGACCUGGACUAAGGCUCCAGGGGCCGCUUGUCUUCCGGGGGCUGGCGCCCUGGAGCGCACAAAGCCUGUAGCCUGCGCUGGGGACUGGGAAGCCGCUCUGUUCCCGCCCCGCCCCCCUCUCCGCGAGAAUAGUGUUUGCCGCGUGUCGUCGUAGCCGAGCGUGGUCUGUAGGAGAAGUCUGUGUCCUGUACCGUGUAGUGUAGGGGGGCGGGCGGGAGGCAGGGAGCGGGGAGGGAGGGGGAAAGGGGCGCGGGGGCAGGGCGGGGUUCCUUUCUGGGUUUUGCAGGAAAGCGUCACGGGUGGGUUUCAGGCCUCGGGAGCAGCUCUCUCGGCCAAGCGCAGCACAAGCGUGGCUCCGGGCGAAAUAGUCCCCGCAGCUCGCGUCCUUUUCUAAAGGCGUCUGUAUGUACACUGUCAAUAAAACAAUCGAUUUGAA